GAGUUCUGUGUGCCGAGUACCGAGAAGAACCGGUUUGGUGGUUCCAUCUCUGUGUAGCAGAGCCAACCUUACCAUCACAUAAUGGCCGAAAAGUCGGAAACUCUCGUGACCAAGGAGGAAAAGAUGGCGGAAGCGAAGGAGCUGUUCGGCCGGGGCAGCCGCAACUUUUGCAUGAAACAGUACUCGGAAGCCGCGGACGAUCUGAGCGCGUGCUGUGCCAUUUAUUCCGAGCUGUACGGACCCACGGCGGACGAGUGUGGGCUGCCGUAUCUGAUGUACGCCAAGAGCUUGACCGCGCUCGGCAAGGACGAGAACAAUCUGAUUGUUCCCGGAGAGGACGAGGGCGAAGAAGACGGGGAGGGUGAAGAGGACGAGGGAGAGGAGGGUGGCGAAGAAGACGGUGAAGCCGAAGGGGAAGAGAAAGAGGCUGAGGAGAAGAUGGAAACUUCUGAGGGAAAAUCCGACGCAAACGGAGAAGCCAAGAAGGAGACCGAGGCUGGGUCGUCUUCAAAGCCGGUGGAAGAGCCGCAACCGGGACCGUCGACGUCGACCAAUGGCGCUGGGGGCGAGCAAGCCGAGGGAACCGAGGAGGAUGACGAUGAGAAGGGCGGUGGCAACCUGGAGGUCGCCUGGGAGAUCCUCGAACUGGCCGUCAAAAUCUUCGAAGCACAAGCCGACAAAGGGUUCGAAAAUCUGUCGGAGUGCUACUCGGAACUGGCCGGAAUCUCCUUCGAGAACACUCACUUCAGCGAAGCCAUCAACGAUUACAAGAAAUCCCUCGCGGUUUACGAGAAAACGGGCAAAUCCGACAGCCGCCUGGUUGCGGAGAUCUUCUACAAGAUUGGUCUGUGCCACGUGAUGCUGAACGAGUUCGACGAUUCCGUCAAGUCGUUCCGGGAGGCUUGCAGCGAGCUGGACAAGGUGAUCGAACAGGAAAAGGCAAAGGAACAGAACGACGAGACCAAGGCCACCAUCAAGGACCUCGAGGAGACCAAGCAGGAGAUCGCGGACAAGAUCGCCGACGUUGAGGAAGCGAAGAAAACGUCGAUCGAGGAAGUUAAGCGGGAACUGUCCAAACUCAUGAACGGAGGCGGUAGUUCGGCGAACGGUUUCGAUGCUGGUGCGGGACCGUCCAGUUCUGCCGGUGCAGCCACCGCCACCAACGGAUCGUCGUCCAGUUCGAAGAGUGGAGCCGAAAAGCCGACCGACAUCUCCCACCUGAUCAAGCGCAAGAAGCCCGACACGACCACCACCGAGGUUGAGGGUUCGCCGGCGAAGAAGACCGCCGUCGAGGCGGACAAGGGAAGCGAUUAAUGGUUGCCCCCCAGGAUGAACUGAAGCUUCGUUUUAGGCCGUAGUGCUAAACAUCUGUUCUGUUACUUUCCGCAGGAGGAUUCUUUCCAGUUACGUUUACUUUUAAAUUAUUUUCUAUUGUCUCGUCAUUGUACUUCUUAAGCAUUUGGUUAGAGAAUAUGUAGGUACUUUUCUACGAUGUAAGUGUAACAGUAACCUCAUUGAAAUAAACUUGUGUCAAUGUUCUAAACCUGA